CAAGAAAAAAUCAACAGAAGUAUUUUUAAAAAUUUCAGUUUAAUUUGAUAAAUUACUUGCAAAAUGGAUGAUUUUCAAUCUGCAGAAGAAGCUGCUUUUGUGGUAGAUGAAGUUAGCAAUAUUAUCAAGGAGUCAAUUGAAAGUGCUAUUGGAGGGAAUGCAUAUCAACACAACAAAGUGAACCAGUGGACAUCCAAUGUUGUAGAACAAUGUCUUAACCAGUUAACCAAAUUAGGAAAACCUUUCAAAUAUAUUGUUUCAGUUGUUAUGACACAGAAAUGUGGAGCUGGUUUACAUGUUGCAAGUUCUUGUUAUUGGGAUGCAAGCACUGAUGGAAGCUGCACUGUGAGGUGGGAGAACAAAACAAUGUACUGCAUUGUCAGUGUGUUUGGACUAUCCAUAUAAGGACUUCUCUACCUAAUAAGGACAAAAUCACCCAAUAAGGAGCUAUCCAGUUGUGCAAACCAUUUAACACUGGAUAGCAGCUAAAACUAGCUAAAAAAUAAAAUAAGCUAAUUUAAAAAAACAUGGAAAAUAGCAGAUAACUGGAACGUCAUGAAAGACUAGAUUACAUCUAGUCAGAAUCAUGAUCACUGGAGAAAUAAACAUAAUAUAAAAAAAAUCCGCUUGAACAAAAACUUGUAUUUUGAAGUUUGAAAAAUUGCAGGUGUUAAUUGGUUUACUCAACUGGGCCUUGAAUUGAUAUGGAUGAAGUUUUAAGUAUUAGACUUCAAAGCAGCUAAAGUUGUAUAUAUUUAUUGUAUAUCUGUGUAUAUUUUAUUUGUUUGUACAAUCAGGGACUUCAUAGUAGUCUCUUUGAAAAAGCUCAUAAUAUUAUAAAAUUUUAGUUCUAACUUUGCUCUGUAUCUAUUCUGUAAUA